GUGUGGAUUGUAUUUGGCGAGAUGUUACUUUAAAUGUCAAUUUCGUUGUUUUGAAUUUAUUUUGUUUUUAUACCUUAAACGAAACACAACUUUAAAAAUACACAAAUUGUAAUCAAAAUAUUGCUUUAGUACUGUUGUAAUUUAAAGUUCGGAAUAUUUGAGAAAUAACUAUGAGCUCUAUAGAAAAAAUAAUUGAUGAUAAUGCCGAACAUAAGUGUGCGCCAUCAGCAUAUGUUGCCGCCAAUCCGUUGGACAAUUUCAUGGAUAUAAGUAACUACCAUCUGCACACUUCGCAUAAUUCCACAAUAUCAAAUGAAAGUGAUAUGUCGUUGCUGUCUUUGUCGCUUGACAAGGAACUCGAAGCUAACGCUAUUGAUAUAGAUGAACUACCGGCAUUCGAAAUACGUCUUAUAUCGCCAUUAGGACGAACACCAUCGCCCAUAGACAGUGAGGACAUGGCAACACCAACCAGACCACUACCAUCAGCGCAAGAACGACUGACACCAAGUCCGUGCCGAAAUAAUCCGGACUUUGUUGCUUUACACGAUAUAAAUGCUCAGAUAAGCCCACCAAGUGAACAUGGAGACGAAGAUGAAUCAUCUCUAAGUCGAACGAGUAGCUUAGAAACAAUAUUCGAAGGAGUGUUUUUAAAUACACCACCUAGACAACGUCUAAAUUUGCAAAAUAAUCGCCAUAAUCGAAGUCGGACAAAUCUAAUGGAAAAAGUAGCUCUUAAUCGCUUAAAUGCGGGUAAGGAAAACCUAUCGCCUUUAUCAAAAUCUGAAACACCACCCUCACGUCGAACAUCUUUAAAUUUCAAUUGUGAAACCGACACAUCUGCGGUCAAUGCUAAUCAUUCUUUCUCAUAAAACAGUUAAUUUUUGCCUUAGCUUCGUCAUUUAAUCAUCAAAAACUAAAAAUACAAUAAUAUCUUUAAUGUUUAGUUGUCCCUUCUAUGGAUCCCUAAAAAUGUUUUAUAUCUUUACACUUGUCAUUGGUGUAUAAUAUGCAAUAAGUUCGUUUAUUUUACCUUUUAUUUCUGCCAUACAAAUCUGGUGUGAUUGGAUAUGAUCCAUACAUAUCCAUUCUAAAAUGUGAAGUAAUUUUGUUUAUAUUGUUUCUUAUGUAAAACGAAUGUAAACUUUUUCUAUUUUAGAAAUAAAUGUAAUUAACAAAUUUUAAUGUUUUAAAAACAUCCAAAAUAUA